AACAGGGCAGGCAAAGGAAGCCCCGACAGGACGCACUGCCCCGAACAGGCGCGGCGCGUGCGAGAGGGAGAAGCGGAGCUGCUGCGCUGGGCUCUUCCUUCCGCGUCGGGGCGGAGAGCGAGAGGGAGGAGCCGGGAAGUCAGCGCGUUGCUCCUGCCGGCCUCCAGGAGGGACCAACAAGGAGGAGAAUCUCCAACAACUUGGAAAUCAUAUAAGAGAAUGAGCAUUCUGCUAAUUGAAGCUUUUUAUGGAGGUUCACAUAUGCAGCUCAUGGAUCUUCUCCAAGAAGAAAUAGGAGACUGUGUCCUUUUUACUCUUCCAGCAAAGAAAUGGCACUGGAGGGCAAGGACGGCAGCUCUCUACUUCAUGCAAAAUGUACCAGCCAGUGCUGAUUACAGGAUCCUCUUUGCAAGCUCGGUGCUUAACCUGGCUGAACUGAUUGCCCUUCGGCCUGACCUUGGCAAAUUGAAAAAGAUCCUUUACUUCCAUGAGAACCAAUUGACAUAUCCUGUCCAGAAAUGUCAGGAAAGGGACUUCCAAUAUGGAUAUAACCAGAUUCUUUCAUGUUUGGUUGCAGACAUUGUGGUGUUCAACUCCACCUACAAUAUGGAGUCAUUUCUAACAUCAAUUGGGAAAUUUAUGAAGUUGAUGCCUGACCACAGACCCAAGCAUCUGGAAAAGCUAAUCAGGCCAAAAUGCCAAGUCCUUUACUUUCCACUAAAGUUCCCAGAAGUGAGCAGGUUUAUGCUAAAAAACACACUGUCCCAUACUGGGGAGGCACUGGGUGAUAAAGGAAUUGGAGAUACAUCUUUGCUUAUGGAGAUGCCUUUCCAAGAAAAGAGAUGUGAAGCUGCAAAUUUCCUCAAUAUCAACAAUUUAGACCAAAAACCUGGACAUCACAAAACAGAGUCUGGAUUUUGUUGCCCAUGGCCAGAGAGACAGCAUCUUUGUCAAGGAGAAGAUAGACAAUGUGCAAUUCCUGUUGGCCACAAUGGGGGCAGCUUGAAAUAUCAGCAGAAACCUUUGCACAUUGUUUGGCCUCACAGAUGGGAACACGAUAAGGAUCCUGAAAGUUUCUUUAAAGUGCUGAUGAAACUGAAAGAGAUGGAACUGAAUUUUCAUGUAUCUGUCCUUGGAGAAACCUUCACUGAUGUUCCAGAUACGUUUUCAGAGGCCAAAAAGACAUUGGGAUCAUCAGUCUUACACUGGGGCUACUUACCCAGCAAAGAUGACUAUUUCCAAGUUCUGUGCAUGGCUGAUGUGGUCAUCUCAACAGCUAAGCAUGAAUUCUUUGGUGUGGCAAUGAUUGAAGCUGUGCACUGUGGCUGUUACCCACUCUGUCCGAAUGCUUUGGUUUAUCCAGAAAUAUUUCCAGCUGAAUAUCUGUAUUCUACACCUGAACAGCUUAUUAAAAGACUUCAGAAUUUUUGCAAGAGGCCAGAUAUUGUAAGGAAACAUCUCUAUAAGGGUGAAACAUCUCAGUUUUCUUGGGCAGUGCUCCGUGGUAAAUUCAGGUCUUUGCUCACAGCAGAACCCAGGGAAGAUUUGUGACAGAUGGGGCUAAGUCACAAACUUGCAGCUGAAAGCAAAAUCGGGAGAACUUUCCAGAGUGUGUCCAUAUUUACCUGAUCAGAGAGAAACAGAAAAGAUGCAGAGGAAGCUCAGCCUGGCUGCUUGUCAUAGCUGACACAGAGCCAUCUGCCACAAACCUGUGGCGGCUUCAGAUCUCCAAUCCCUGCCACCACUCCAGCUCAAAUUAAAUGCAGAUUCUGAGAGACGUUACGAUGGUUACACAUGUCUUCGGCUUCACAGGCAGGAGACUGAAAAAAUAAAUGUGGCCUGUUGUAUAACUCUCCUCAUGUAUCCCAUAUGUGGUGCCACAUUGAAUUUCCGGUGGAAUUUGUUUGUAUCCUUUGUACUGGAUGACAUGGAGCCUGAAUUCUUUCUCUUUGCUGACGUGAUGGCAGCCAAGACUGCAACUUCAAAUGCUUGCUUCUUGGCCAGCUUUCUACCUAGACUGCCAGGUUAUCAUUGAAGCCUCAUUGUGUCCUCCAAGGGCCACAAGGUCUAAGAGGGGGACUAGUGCUCACUCGCCACCCCAAGGCUAAUUGGGCAGAUCUCUAAGAAUUGUUCGGAGGCAAAUGCUGCUUUUUGCACUUCUUCCCACCUCACCAUCUCUUCCUCCUCCUCCCCCCACCUCCUUUUGCAAAUUAAUGACUCCGUGGCACUGGGGCUUUUAAGUGAAAGUAUUAAUAAGGGGUCUGGCAGGUAUUCCCAUGAUUCCCAGAGUUACAUUUGCAUUUAAUUAAUCUUAAAGCUGCAAGAUAAACAGCUGUAAUUCAAACUAGCAUGGGAAAUAUGCUAUAUGGUGCCAUCUAUCCAAUGAAAUGAAAGGUUGGAUACUUGCUUUAUUUCUCUCAAGGUUGGAGAACAGACAGAUAUCAGAAUGGUUCCGGAGGUUGGGGG